AUGGCAGAAUCUGGGUCCUUGCCCACCGGCUUCGGGGAGCUGGAGGUGCUGGCUGUGGGGAUGGUGCUGCUGGUAGAAGCUCUCACCGGCCUCUGCCUCAAUAGCCUCACCAUCCUCUCUUUCUGCAAGACCCCGGAGCUGCGGACCCCCACCCACCUGCUGGUGCUGAGCCUGGCUCUGGCGGACAGUGGGAUCAGCCUGAAUGCUCUCGUGGCAGCCACAUCCAGCCUCCUCCGGGAAUGGGUCACUGGUCCCAAUGUCUCCCACAGGCGCUGGCCCUAUGGCUCCAACGGCUGCCAGGCUCAUGGCUUCCAGGGCUUCGUGACGGCGUUGGCCAGCAUCUGCAGCAGCGCAGCCAUCGCCUGGGGGCGCUAUCAUCACUACUGCUCGCGCAGCCAACUGGCCUGGAAUACGGCCAUCUCCUUGGUGAUCUGUGUGUGGCUGUCUUCUGCCUUCUGGGCAGCACUGCCCCUCCUGGGCUGGGGCCACUAUGACUAUGAGCCGCUGGGGACGUGCUGCACCCUGGACUACUCCAGGGGGGACAGAAACUUCACCAGCUUCCUCUUUACCAUGGCCUUUUUCAACUUCUUCGUGCCUCUCUUCAUCACAUUCAUAUCCUAUCGGCUCAUGGAACAGAAACUCAGGAAGACUGGCCACCUCCAGGUGAACACCACUCUGCCGGCCAGGACACUGCUGUUCGGUUGGGGCCCCUAUGCCCUCCUGUACCUAUAUGCCACCAUCGCGGAUGUGAGCUCCGUCUCCCCCAAGCUGCAAAUGGUGCCGGCCCUUGUUGCCAAAACGGUGCCCACGAUCAAUGCUAUCAACUAUGCCCUGGGCGGCGAGAUGGUCCACAGGGGGAUUUGGCAGUGCAUCUCACCUCAGGGAAGCGGGCUGGACCGAGCCCGGUGA